UUUCCAUUUCCCAAUAUAUUUUCCCAACUAGCAGAAAAAGCCGAGGCCACCACCAAACCACGGACGAACGAGCCCGGCGAGAGAGCGGAAGCGGCGCCGCCGAGCAAUCGAUCUCUUCCCUCCUCCGCCGCCUGAUCAUGGCUAUGGCCGCCUCCUCCCGGCUGCUCUGGGCGUCCCGCGCCGCCGCCUACCUCAGGAUCUCCCCCUUCCCCAGGCCCUUCUCCACCGUGCUGAAGGAUCUGAAGUAUGCUGACACUCAUGAAUGGGCGAAGGUUGAGGGCGAUUCAGCAACUGUUGGCAUUACUGACCAUGCCCAGGACCAUUUGGGUGAUGUUGUGUAUGUGGAGCUGCCAGAAGUUGGCACCAAUGUAUCCCAGGGGAAGAACUUCGGCGCUGUUGAAAGUGUGAAGGCAACCAGUGAUAUCAACUCACCGGUAUCUGGAGAGGUCGUUGCAGUGAAUGAGAAACUAAGUGAGGAACCUGGAUUGGUCAAUGCAAGUCCAUAUGAGAAGGGAUGGAUUAUCAAGGUGAAGCUCAGUGAUUCCGGUGAGCUCAAUUCGCUGAUGGACGAUGAUAAGUACUCAAAAUUCUGUGAGGAAGAAGACAAGCAUUAAACAAUUAAGAGUGGCUUCUAAACAUCAAGAACCUGUGUUUCGAGCUUUAUCAAUGCUUGUGCUGUACCACCAAACACUUUGCGUCUUGAAAGCCACUGUCGCAAACUGGCAAAGGUGCAUCACAUGGAAUAAAUUAGUUUUAGUAUUUGCCUAUUCUACAAGGGCGUGCAAUUUUAACUUGUGAAGGACAUGAGUUUUGUUAUUUCCUUGUAGUAUUGCACCCAAUUUUAACUAUAUCUCCGUUUGAUUCCUUGGUAUACAAGUUGUUUGUUCCUCUUA